AAGUAUCUGUAAUAAAUGAAGCUAAAACGUGCUUAUACAACACAAUAUGGUGAUAUAUUUAUUGUUGCGUAAUUAAUAAAGAGUAAAAAAAUUUUACACGUACAAGUCUUUCUGAAGCUUGUUUGUAAAUUAGCAUUCUUGCCACAGAAAAUAAAGCAACUACAUUACUUAAAUAUAAACUAGCGACAUCUACCGUAACGUAUUGAUAUUUCUAUUUCAUAUUUUCCUAUAGAUGUCACUACUUACUUGACCUGUAUUAUCUGUGUCAUACGCCAUCAAUUUUAUUAAAAAUAGCGCGAGUUUUUAAAUCUUCACAAGUAAAUACAAUUUAAAUGAUGCGUGUUGUUCUGAAUCAUCGCAGUUGCGUAAGUAGAUACCAUCAAGGUAUGUAUCCUUUUGUUAUUUCUAAUAUAACAGUCGGUAAUAAUGUUAUUUUAUACAAUCAUUGACUAAUAAUUAUGAUUCUAUGAUUUCACACUGAACCUGCAUAAUAACUAAAUGUUUAUCUUCUUUAUAAUGAGUAACAUUAAUAUGACAAUAUCAUAAUAACUGAGUACCUUUAUUAAUUAUACUUAAUAUUUGGAAAUAAGUAUAAGUACCUAGUUUCUUAAAAGAUCCUUAUUGUACGUUUUACCUAUUGUAAUAAAACUGCCUGGGGAUGAGUGGUCGACGCAGACUGCCGAACGGCAGUCAAACAUACAAAACGACCAGUCGGAAACAAGGUGUUUAAAGAAGUGGACGUUAAUACCAGCGUUAUUUCUGAACACUCGUGUGAUACGCGUAAUUUUACCGCGAGUUUAUUAGUAAUAUCCCUACUAUUUAUAGGAUAUUUUAAAUGAAAUAAAAAUUUAGUGGAUAUAAUGGAUGAUGAAAUGUGAAAUUAUCAGAACAAGUCACAAUAACAAUAAUUUAUUGUUAUCGAAGCAGCGAUUGUGAAUACAAGAUGUCAAUAUUGUGGUGCGGAUUCCUGUGGUGCAUUCUCGGUUGCGUAUAUGCAGCCGGCGCUCUUCGUGUGGGUGUAGGCAUCGCUGACGUCACUGGACCACCCGCUGAAAUUGGUUUUAUGGGUUACGCCAACUUGGAGCAAUCAGGCCAUGGCAUACACUUACGACAGUUCUCUCGGGCGUUCGUCCUUGAAGACGAAAGUAACUCGACUCGCAUCGUGUUCGUGUCUGUGGACGCCGCCAUGAUGGGAAAUGCUGUUAGAAAAGAGGUACUGAAACGAUUACAAAAACGGUACGGAGAUCUUUAUAACGAGGGUAACGUGAUUCUAAGCGGGACUCACACACACUCCACUCCUGGCGGCUUCCUUCUCGACUUCCUCUUUGACUUGCCCAUACUGGGCUUCGUCAAGGAGACAUUUGUUGCCUACAUAACAGGUAUAACUAAAAGUAUAAUAAUAGCACACAACAAUCUCACACCCGCCCGCAUGGAAUAUGGCGAGGCGGAGUUACUGGACGCGAAUAUAAACAGGUCGCCGACGUCCUAUCUACGGAACCCAGCUGAAGAAAGAGCCAAGUACAAAUACGACGUUGACAAAACCCUUGCUCAAGUACGGUUCGUCACCCCUUCGAAGAAGGUAAUAGGGGUGAUCAACUGGUUCGCUGUUCAUCCCACCAGCAUGAACAACACAAACCGGCUCAUCUCAUCAGAUAAUGUUGGUUACGCGUCCAUCCUUAUGGAGAAAGCGCUUAAUGGAAACGAUACUCUGCCAGGGAAGGGUCGAAUAGUUUGUGCCUUCGCAUCGACCAAUCUUGGGGAUGUUUCUCCCAAUACAAGGGGCCCUCGCUGUGAGUUUUCCGGAAAAGUUUGCGAUCAGGAGUCGCUGCUGUGCGAUUUGCCCAAAGAAAGGUGCUUCGCUUCAGGCCCCGGGAGGGACAUGUUUGAGAGCACUAAGAUUAUCGCUACUAAAAUGUUCGACACAGCAAUGAAAGUCCUCAAUCAGAAAGGGGAAGAUCUGACGGGUCCUCUCGGGAUCAUCCAUCAGUUCGUCGAAAUGCCGACACAAGAAGUACCUCCGUACGACCCAGUCGCACAAACUUUUAACACCACCGUCGGCUCUCAAUAUAAACAAAGUGCCGCCGGCGCGCAGAGCGCGCGCGUGCGCGGCUGCGCGCCGGCCAUGGGCUACAGCUUCGCGGCCGGCACGACGGACGGGCCGGGCGCCUUCGACUUCGCGCAGGGCACCACGAGCUCCAACCCGCUGUGGAACGCCGUGCGGGACUUCAUCGCCGCGCCGACCGCGGCCGACGUGCGCUGCCACCGCCCCAAGCCCAUCCUGCUGGCCACGGGCCGGGCGAAGUUCCCAUAUGAGUGGCAACCGCAAAUAGUAUCGUGUUCGGUAUUCCGUGUCGGGGGACUCUUCGUGGCGGCGGUUCCCGGGGAGUUCACGACGAUGUCCGGUAGGCGGCUCAGGCAAGUCGUGGCGAAGGCCUCGGGGGCCACGAGAGUGGUGCUGGCGGGUCUGUCUAACGUCUACUCCGACUAUAUUACCACACCCGAGGAAUACCAGGCGCAGCGCUACGAGGCGGCGUCCACCAUCUUCGGGCCGCACACGCUGGACAUCUACCUGCACAAGUACCGCCACCUCGCCGCCGCGCUCGCGCAGGGGACGACACUAGAACCCGGUCCCUCGCCACCGGACUUCAGCGAUCAACUCAUAACUCUGGUCCCGCCCGUGCUGUGGGACUCCGCCCCCUGGGGGCACGAGUUCGGGGACUGCGUCAAGCAGCCGCAGAAGUACUACAGCUACAACGACGUCGUCACAGCUACCUUUGUGUCGGGGCACCCGCGGAACAGCGCGCGGCGCGGGCGCGGGUUCGCGGCCGUCGAGCGGCAGGCCGCGCCCGCCGACGACGCCUGGCGCGUCGUGGCCGGGGACGCCGACUGGGACACCAGAUUCACCUGGCGCCGAAACUCGAAGAUUCUAGGCACGAGUUACGUUGAUAUUGAAUGGGAAAUCCCCGCGGGAACUCCCCCCGGUACGUAUCGACUGCACCACUACGGCAACUACAAGUACAUCCUCGGUGGCAUCUACCCCUACCACGGGUUCUCGGAUCCCUUCGAAGUCACCUAAGCUCUUAAAGCUGUAUAAUAUAUAUAUAUGUAAAUACAUUUACGUUGUUGUAAGUAUAGUCAGUAGUGUCCAAAGAUUAGUCGGCCGGCCUAGGAUGGUGACAUUUAUAUUUUAAUUGAAUUUGAAUAAAAUUAAAAAACUACAAUUAUAAUUCCGACUCGAUUAGUGAUUGAUUUUAAUUAAUAUUUUGUACUAAUAUAUUUGAAGCUAGUCUUUAUAAUACAAUUCUAAAACUAUAAAAAAAAACAAUUACUAAACACACAUUUUGCUAUAAAUACUCAAAAUAUAAUCUAUGUCAUACACUUAAGUUAUUCUUAAAUUUUUGUUUCGGUAUUAUGACUGAGCCGAUAUAAAACAGGAAAAUAACAAACGAUAUAUAUUACAACAAUAUAUUACAACGAUAUAUUCUACAACAAUUAACAAUGCAAUGAAUUAUAUUUCUUUUAAACCAUGCUGACGUCACAAUUCACUCUUAGCUGGUUUAUAUAAAGAAAAAUGUUGCCAUUGAUAUGUGUAAGAAUUACAUUUGCAAUUGAAUGAAAUUUAUAUUGUACAGUAAUAUAUAACAAAUAUUACAAUUUAUUUGUAAAUUUAAACACAUAUAAUUAUAUAUACAUGUGUUUAUAUACUAAUUAAUUAUUAUAUUUGUCGAUGGGUCAAUGUCAAAGCCGUCUUAGUUUCAUACAAUUUUAUAAAUUAAUUUUAGUUAAAUUUUAAUUUAUAACAUUCAGUAAUAAUGAAUUGAUAAGUUAUUGGACAUUUUUUUAUUAAAUUAGGAGCAAAUAUACAAAACAAUCAAACAGGCCGUUAAAUAUGACCAUAAUAACAUUUUAGGUUACAAAUUUAUGACAAUACGAACUUCGUAAGUUAAAAUAACUGUCAAAGAAUCGACCAAUCAAAACGCGCGACGCCCUAAUAUAGUGACGCAUAGUGUUGCUACUACAAAUAAUUUAACGAUGAUAUUUUGUGAAUUAUUACUAGAUGUGUUCAGUGAUAUCACAAUUUAACUAAAAUUCUUUCUUUAUAUUGUAAGAAAUUUAGAAGAUUAUCAAUAUAGAAAUUAUAAUUUAUUAUAAAUAUAACGUCAUUCACAAUAAACCUGCGACUUUUAUCUAUCUGAUAGACGCCAUUUAUAUCGUAAUUACGUGUUAAUUAUUUUGAUAAAAAUCAAAUACUUGCCUUAAGAUAAAAUUUAAAAAUAA